UUGUGCGGUUCGCUCGGUGCCUCCUUUUCAUUUAGCUCGAUUCUAGACUCUAGACUAGAAUCGCGUGCGUGCCGCGUCGUGUGUGUGACAUCCGCCAUAUAUAUAUAUAUAAUAAUAUAUACGCUAUAUACUAUACGUAUAUCUGUGGAACCGUUCCCACCCCCAAAAUCCGUACAAAUUGCAAAUUCACAUGCGUAUGUGCAGUGAUUCACCAAAUGAGUGCGUUGGCCUCUGGCCGCAAGUUGUGAAUACCCAGUGAAUAACCACAAUCCUAACCAGAUUGUAGUACAUGUAUAUAUGUAGUUAUGGUAUUUGGCUGUAUGGAUCGUAAGAUCGGUGCUGUGUAGUCGGCCUUUGCCCAGUGUUAUGAGCACUUUUGUCGCCGUGCGUGUGUCGGCGGAGGAAAAGAUCACUUUAAAAAUAACAGAUUUGUUUGAUGCUAUUUAUAAUAGACGGGCCAAGUUUUCGUUCCGUUUCGCAUUGUGAGGCUGAGGCCUUUGGUGUUCCGAGAUCUCGGUGGAUCAUUCGUAUCUUUCGGAUUUCCCAGCGUCUUCUAUACUCUGGCACUCUAGUAGCCGGGCACUCGCCUGCACUUGAACGCCAUUCGAAUACGAAUAUCGUGGCAUUAUUAAUUUGACAGCGUUUGUGUGUUCGAGUGUCGCAAUGUAAACAGCCAAAAUGGCAAGCGGUUUGAUCGACACCAAUUUCAGCAGCACAUUGGCAAAUGGGAUGUCGGGGUGUGAUCAAAGCACUGUCGAAUCAUUGGCCGACGAUCCAACAGAUUCACCAUUCGACGCCGAUGAUUGUCUCAAGGUGCGCAAGUACUGGUGCUUUCUGCUGUCCAGCAUCUUUACAUUCCUUGCUGGCCUGCUCGUGGUGCUGCUAUGGCGAGCCUUCGCCUUCGUCUGCUGCCGCAAGGAGCCGGACCUGGGGCCCAACGACCCCAAGCAGAAGGAGCAGAAGGCAUCCCGCAACAAACAGGAGUUCGAGGGCACCUUUAUGACAGAAGCGAAAGACUGGGCUGGAGAGCUUAUCUCUGGUCAAACAACAACUGGUCGAAUUUUGGUCGUACUCGUGUUUAUACUCAGCAUUGCAUCCCUCAUUAUAUACUUUGUUGAUGCAUCUAGCGAAGAAGUCGAAAGAUGCCAAAAGUGGAGUAACAACAUUACUCAACAGAUCGAUCUCGCAUUCAAUAUAUUUUUUAUGGUUUACUUUUUUAUACGAUUCAUAGCGGCGUCCGAUAAGCUUUGGUUUAUGUUAGAAAUGUACAGUUUUGUAGAUUAUUUUACAAUACCCCCGUCCUUCGUAUCAAUAUAUUUAGAUCGAACAUGGAUCGGUCUUCGAUUUCUUCGAGCGCUACGUCUCAUGACUGUUCCAGAUAUUUUACAAUAUUUAAACGUACUAAAAACAUCGAGCUCCAUACGCUUGGCUCAACUAGUAUCAAUUUUUAUAUCCGUGUGGUUAACAGCAGCGGGCAUUAUACAUCUGCUGGAGAACUCUGGCGAUCCGCUGGAUUUUAAUAAUGCUCAUCGUUUAUCGUAUUGGACCUGUGUCUAUUUCCUAAUUGUGACCAUGUCAACGGUAGGAUAUGGUGACGUUUACUGUGAGACUGUCCUGGGAAGAACAUUUCUCGUGUUCUUUCUGCUCGUCGGCUUGGCAAUGUUUGCCAGCAGUAUACCGGAGAUAAUUGAACUCGUCGGUAGUGGCAAUAAGUAUGGCGGUGAACUGAAAAGAGAACACGGAAAGAGACAUAUUGUGGUAUGCGGUCAUAUAACAUACGAAUCCGUGUCGCAUUUCCUGAAGGACUUCCUCCACGAAGAUCGGGAGGAUGUCGAUGUCGAAGUGGUCUUUCUCCAUCGUAAACCACCCGAUUUGGAACUUGAGGGUUUGUUCAAACGUCAUUUUACCACCGUGGAGUUCUUCCAAGGAACCAUUAUGAAUCCGAUCGAUCUUCAGAGGGUUAAGGUUCAUGAAGCCGACGCCUGCCUCGUGCUAGCUAACAAAUAUUGCCAAGAUCCCGACGCAGAAGAUGCUGCCAACAUCAUGAGAGUCAUCUCGAUCAAGAACUACAGCGACGACAUUCGAGUCAUCAUCCAGCUGAUGCAGUACCACAAUAAGGCGUACUUGCUGAACAUACCAUCGUGGGAUUGGAAACAGGGCGACGAUGUCAUCUGCCUGGCCGAACUGAAGCUGGGCUUCAUUGCCCAGAGUUGUUUGGCGCCCGGGUUCUCGACCAUGAUGGCCAACCUGUUCGCCAUGAGAUCGUUCAAGACGUCACCAGACACACAGGCCUGGCAAAAUGAUUAUCUUCAAGGUACAGGGUGUGAGAUGUACACCGAAACCCUAUCACCUUCAUUUACCGGCAUGACAUUCCCACAAGCCAGCGAACUGUGUUUCUCCAAGCUGAAGCUCCUGCUGCUGGCCAUCGAGAUCAAGGGCGCCGAGGAGGGGGCGGACAGCAAGAUUUCCAUCAACCCUCGAGGGGCCAAAAUCCAGGCCAAUACCCAGGGCUUUUUCAUAGCACAAAGUGCCGACGAGGUGAAGCGUGCCUGGUUCUACUGCAAGGCGUGUCAUGAGGACAUUAAGGACGAGACGCUGAUCAAGAAAUGCAAAUGCAAAAACUUGACUGUUCAGCCCAGGAGCAAAUUCGAUGACUUAGAUGUGGGCAUGAUUAUGAUGCAGACGGGCAUGGUCAACCAAGGCAUCACGUCGGUGAUGAAUACAAUGGAGGAUGAACACCAUCCUGCACCCACAUUUACUCCUCCAGAGCUACCCAAGCGGGUGCAUGUGCGUGGAUCUGUAUCGGGUGAUAUCACUCGUGACAGAGAAGAUACGAAUCUACUCAAUCGCAAUGUGCGCCGGCCGAAUGGCACUGGCAACGGCACGGGUGGCAUGCACCACAUGAACAACACGGCAGCGGCGGCUGCGGCAGCUGCGGCGGCGGGAAAACAGGUGAACAAGGUGAAGCCGACGGUGAAUGUGAGCCGACAGGUGGAGGGUCAAGUGAUAUCGCCAUCGCAGUACAACAGGCCACCAGAGAAUGAUGCUAACCCUUAUGCGGGCUAUCAACUUGCUUACGAAGUUAAAAAGCUCAUGCCGACGAGUCGCAGUUCCGGCACGGGCACACAGAAUCAAAAUGGCGGCGUAUCCUUGCCCGCCGGCAUUGCGGACGACCAGUCGAAGGACUUUGAUUUCGAGAAGACCGAAAUGAAGUACGACUCGACGGGCAUGUUCCACUGGAGUCCGGCAAAGAGCUUAGAAGACUGCAUACUGGAUCGCAACCAGGCGGCCAUGACCGUGCUGAACGGUCACGUGGUCGUGUGCCUGUUUGCCGAUCCCGAUUCGCCGCUGAUCGGGCUGCGGAAUCUGGUGAUGCCGCUGCGGGCGUCCAACUUCCACUACCACGAGCUGAAGCACGUGGUCAUCGUGGGCUCGGUGGACUACAUACGGCGCGAGUGGAAGAUGCUGCAGAACCUGCCCAAGAUCUCGGUGCUCAACGGAUCGCCGCUGAGCCGUGCCGACCUGCGGGCCGUGAACGUCAAUCUGUGUGAUAUGUGCUGCAUCCUGUCGGCGAAAGUUCCUAGCAACGACGAUCCCACGCUGGCCGACAAGGAGGCGAUCCUCGCCUCGCUGAACAUCAAGGCCAUGACCUUUGACGACACGAUCGGUGUGCUCAGCCAGCGCGGCCCGGAGUUCGACAACCUGAGCGCCACCGCCGGCAGUCCCAUUGUGCUGCAGCGGAGGGGCUCGGUCUAUGGCGCCAAUGUGCCCAUGAUAACAGAACUGGUCAAUGAUAGUAACGUGCAGUUUCUCGAUCAAGACGACGACGAUGAUCCAGAUACAGAACUAUAUCUGACGCAGCCUUUCGCCUGCGGCACAGCCUUCGCUGUGAGUGUGUUAGACUCGCUGAUGUCCACGACUUACUUCAAUCAAAACGCCUUAACGCUGAUCCGCUCACUGAUAACGGGCGGCGCCACGCCCGAGCUGGAACUGAUCCUGGCCGAGGGAGCUGGCCUCCGGGGAGGCUACAGCACUGUGGAGAGUCUGAGCAAUAGAGACAGAUGUCGAGUGGGUCAAAUCUCACUGUACGACGGUCCGUUGGCUCAGUUUGGGGAGUGCGGCAAGUAUGGGGACCUGUUUGUGGCAGCCCUCAAGUCGUACGGAAUGCUAUGCAUCGGACUAUACCGAUUCAGGGACACCAGCUCCAGUUGUGAUGCGAGCAGCAAACGUUAUGUAAUAACCAACCCACCCGAUGACUUUUCACUACUGCCAACAGAUCAGGUAUUCGUUUUAAUGCAAUUCGAUCCGGGCCUGGAGUACAAGCCGCCAGCGGUACGAGCACCUGCAGGCGGACGUGGCACCAACACGCAGGGUUCCGGGGUCGGUGGGGGCGGCUCCAACAAGGAUGAUAACUCUUGAUUGUUACUGUGUAGCGCCUUAACUGAUGGUCCUUAUUCGUACAUUUGAACGAUGGAGAAGCUAAUCGAAGGCAGAGCAGCGCAUUUGUGGCAACGCAUCCACAACUACCUAUUGGCAUAAGAUAUUUGAUACUCGCGACAAGGCGACAACAAAUCGGCAGCGAAAAAAAGACAUAUUUGUAUGUAAAUCGAUUGUACCGUGUACAAAAGUGAAAUCAAAAGCGUUAAUAAGUUAGAGAUUACGACCAUAACUUGCGUGCCAUUAAAUGCGCUGCUCUGCUCUUUUAUGUGUGUGGGGGCAUGCGGCUCGGUGUAUUUUGUCCAUCCCAACUAACAAUCAAGAGACAACCGGAACCGGAACCACUGGCCACCAGAUCAACGUCGACGGCAAUGCCGCCUGCCUCCGCACACAUAAAAAGCUAAUCCGGAUCGGGGGACCAAGAACUUUAGCCCUGAUAUCCAUCGUUCAACUGCCAACUGAUUGCUUCCCACAUCAUUCCGUAUGCCUUUUUAGAACCUUGAAAUUAUCAUAUUCUGUAUAUCUAUAAUUUUAGUCUUGCAACUACAUUGGUUGAUUUUGUAUCCUUGUUUAUCCCUAUUAUUUUGUUAUCAACAUUGUGUGCCCCAAUAAAAUAUUCUUAUUAUUAUUUAA